AUGUCAUCUGUGUGUUGUAUUCUAUCUGAGUAUUUUAUAUCUGUUGAGCAUGCGGACUGUGACAAUGCCUUUUUUUAUCUGAAGAGUGGUAAUGCGGACAAUCUCUCUGGCGCUUAUCUCUUCCUACCUGAUGGAGAAGCAAAGGAAAUUCCGGCGGUAGAACAGGACUUUGUGUUCCCCAGUAGUUUUAUGCACAUAAUGUUGAUUACAUUCAUACGACGGAGAAUCUCGAAAUUAAAUGGAAAAGAUGAGAACGUCGUUGAUGGACCCAUUAUGAAGAGGAGUUACGUGGCUGGCCCACCAGAUCUGGAAAUUUUGCAUGUAUAUUCCAUAGCGCAGGGCUCACCAUCUAUAGAGAUCACCAAUGAAGUCGAUAUAAGAUCUAAAACUAACUACGAGCUGGCAAUGCGCUUGGAAACAAGUGUUGAGAGUGGAGAUGAUUUAUUUACAGAUUUAAAUGGUCUUCAGUACUUUCCGGCUGAUCAAUUUCGCUAUUAUCACCUAUUACAGUUGAUUCGACGAAAACGAAUGCUUGAUAAGCUGCCACUCCAAGCACAUUUCUAUCCAAUGCCAGCCUCUGCUCACAUUGAGGAUUCUACCACAAGAUUGUCUCUUUUAGGAAAUCAGGCUUUAGGGGUGGCUAGCCUUAAGUCAGGCCAGUUGGAGGUAGUCUUGGAUAGACGAUUGGCUCAAGAUGAUGGAAGGGGAGUGGAGCAGGUAGUCUUGGAUAGACGACUGGCUCAAGAUGAUGGAAGAGGAGUGGAGCAGGGUGUUUUGGACAAUCAUCGCACAUUAUCACGAUUCCGUCUACUUGUUGAACCACUCUCGCCAGCUAAUGAUGUGAACUUAGACGAAGAAAGAAUUGGAUUCUAUUCUGUAGUAGGCUUGGCUCAAAGCAUGGAACUGCAUUAUCCAACUCUAAGAAUGAUAUCAAAA